AACCAGAUGACAAGAGCCAGGAGCAGGGGAGAGAGCCAGAACUGGCCUCUGGAUCCUCAGAACUGAGAAUUCUCCUCUUGGGGAAACAUGGUGCAGGGAAGAGUGCAACAGGAAACAGCAUCCUGGGGAAGCGAGUGUUUGAGUCCAAGUUCAAUGACUUUCCAGUGACCAAAACUUGCAAGAAAGAAAGUGGAACUGUGGGGAAGAGGGAAGUUGUGAUCAUUGAUACUCCUGAUCUUUUCUCUCCAAGGAUCUCUACUGAAGAGAGGGAACAAGAGAUCAGGCACUGCAUCACCCUCUGUUCCCCUGGCCCCCACAUCCUGCUCUUGGUGACCCCUCUUGGCCAUCACACAGUGGAAGAUAAAGAGAUAGUGAAGGGCAUUCAGGAGUUCUUUGGAGCUGAAGCCAGGAGGCACAUGUUACUUCUCUUCACAAGGAAAGAAGAUCUGGAAGAUGAGUUACUUCCAGUGUAUGUUGAAGAAACUGAUAAUGAGUACCUGAAGGAGCUGGUUCAGGACUGUGGGAAUCGGUACUGUGCUUUCAACAACAAAGUAGAUGGGGAAGAACAGAAUUCUCAGGUUCAGGUGCUCCUUAAGCACAUUGAAUUGCUGAUGAAGGAGAAAG